UCCGGGACCGUCCAUUCCGUCCGACUGCGGACUGAAGGAGUGAAAGGGAAAAGUUAAGGUUUCCAACUAUAUUCUUUGCUAAUUCAGAACUGUGUGAGCAACCAAGUGACAAUCCACAUUCAUCCGCGCUUUUAAAUGGACUUUAAGCCCAGUAUCUCGAGCUGUCGCUUCUUUCCCAGACUGAUUUUUCCUAAGCUAGCCCGACCAACCCCCACCCCAAAAAGGGAUAGGACACCCCCUUCCUAGGUGGUAAACGUUAUCUUACGAAAGAAAAUUGACGAAGGCAGACGAUUUAGACAGAAGGAACCAGAACAUUUUCAUCCCUUUAUUAGCUAGCUAUUACCCUUCAACUUUUAGCACAUUUCUGGUUGAUCAGAGGACAGACGACCACCACGUUGGCACACCACAGAGCCUUGCUCCCGUUCCUGGGACUAAACACAGUUCAAAGUAUUUCUGUACAGGUCCGAGUGCGCCCAUGCAGAACCACAUGAAAUGAAUAAAGCACCACAGCCUAUAACAGGAUCCCCCUCUGUCCCCCACCCAGCGUCCUCCCCCGGACUCCAACUACCCACUUUCCCUCCUGGACAGCCCCCAUCUGUUGUCUUUGCCACCCCACCUCCACAAAUGAACCCAGCGCCACAGCCCCGACAGGGAGGAUUCAGGUCACUGCAGCCAUACUACAGCCGGCCCAGCAAUGCCCCCCUGGUGCCCCCGAACAGCACGCCGAGGACCGUGGCACCCACACACGUCUACCAGCCAGGCCAACAGAUGAUGAUAAUCCCCUCACAGCAGAUCCCCUUCCCCAACCAACAAGGCCCCGCCUACUUCAUACCCGGACAGUACCGGUCAACGUACGUGGCCACCCCUCAGCAGUACCCGGUCCCGCCGGGCACCCCAGGCUUCUACCCAGGCACCAGCCCAGCUGAAUAUGCAGGGGCAUACUUCCAGGCCCAACAGCAGUACACAUCCUCCGUCAUCAUGAACCCUCCCCCCCAGCAGCAGCAACUACCUCCACAGCAACAGAUCCAUCCCAAAAGGGAGCGCAAACAGAUCAUAAUACGAGACCCUAACCAGGGUGGUAAAGACAUCACUGAGGAGAUUAUGUCAGGGGGCACCCGCAGUGGUGCCACCCCCACACCCCCACAGGUGAGCGACGACUCUUCAGAGUCAUCUAUAUCUGGAUCAGAGGGCCCAGCCGUUGCCCAGGCCAACGGUGAGAACGUGACACCUGGCGUCGUCAGACCAGAUGACCGAGGGAAACCUGCAGCCACUCUCAUCACUGGCCCCCCAGCCCCGUCUAAAACCCCUGAACUGGUCAAGACUGCCCCUGCCCCUACAGAGGUCAAACCCCCAGACACGGACAGUAACUCCCCUUCCUUACCCCAGGACCUACCCACCCCCCCACCCUCAACUAGUCCCGUUGCAGACGUGAUGGACGCACCAGCCCCGGCCGCUGCUCCAUCCCCAUCUGCCCCUGAAGUGCCCGCUUACCCUGCGCCCCUGCCUGAACCCCGCCCCACUCCUGCAGCCGAGGAGCAGCCCUCAGCCGCCAAGGAGGCUCGGGAGGAGGAGAAGGAGAUUAAAGAGGAGGUGGCGAAGGCUAGGGAGGAGGUGACUACAUCAUCCAAACCUGAGCCUUCCCUUGCUCCAGUGACCACCCCAAGCAGCAGCACUAACAGUGUGUCUGCCACCCAGCCUCCCCGAGCCGAGGAGGAGGAGCCAUCAGCCCUGUCCAUCACCUUGCCCUCCCCCCAGGCAGCAAAACCCCCGCUGGAGUCUCCCAUCGCCCAGCCAGAGGAGCUCAGGCUGCCCAACGGCCUGCCUCUCCCCAGCCCACAGGACCCUGAGAAGGUGUCUGCAGAGUCGUCGGAGUGUGACGUCAGCCCCAUCGCUGAGCCUGAGGUGGCCCACUUACAGAGGGAGGCACCCGUGCCUAAACCCAUGCCUGUUGCCGUGACGGCAUCGCCUGUUGCCGUGACGCCAACGCCCGUUGCCGUGACGCCAACGCCCGCCCCCGUUGCCGUGACGCCAACGCCCGUUGCCGUGACGCCAAUGCCCGCCCCCGUUGCCGUGACGCCAAUGCCCGCCCCCGUUGCCGUGACGCCAAUGCCCGCCCCCGUUGCCGUGACACCAAUGCCCGCCCCUGUUGCCGUCCAGGUGACUGUUGCCCCCGUGGUCCUAGCUGAGACUGCUACUACUACAGAGGUAACCCCUCCCCGUGUGGAAGACCAGAUGGACUCUCCACCACCACAGAGCAACACCCCAGCCGGGGAGAGUUCUAUGCAAGCUGCUGUUUCUGUGCCGAAGAAAAAGAGGAAGAUGAAGGAUCUGAACAAGAAGGAGGCUGUUGGAGACCUCCUGGAUGCCUUUAAGGAGGAGCAGGUAGUGCAGAGCCCGCCUGAGCCAGAGCAGGCCACACCCACUUCUGCCGCUGACGCUGAGGAGCCCCGCCCAGCCGCCACCCCUGCAGUCGAAGAGGUGGAUGAGACGUGGGAGGAGAAGGAAGACAAACUGGAUGCAGAGAACAUUGAACCCAAGCCCGGGGAUCUGAAGUACCAGUACAGAGAGGAACUAUGUAGGCCUAUAGACCCAGAGGAGAAGAAGAGGUAUGACAGGGACUUCCUGCUGGGCUUCCAGUUCAUCAGUGCCGCCAUGUCCAAGCCUGAGGGCCUGCCUCAGAUCAGUGAUGUCGUGCUGGACAAGGCGAAUAAGGCCCCUCUCCGCCAGUUGGACCCCGGCCGUUUGCCGGGGAUGAACAUGGGCACUGACUUCACGCCCUCGUUUGCCAACCUGGGCAGGCCUGGAAUGGGAGGGGGAGGAGGAGGAGGAGGUGGUGGAGGAGGAGGAGGAGGUGGCCACAGAGGAGGACCACCCUCUGGUAUGGGUGGUGGAGGACCACGUCGCUCCCAGCAGGGCCAGCGUAAGGAACCCAGGAGGAUCAUCAACAUCUCUUCGUCUCUGACGGACGACGUGAAGCUCAAUAAGGCUGAGAAGGCCUGGAAGCCCGCCGUCAAGAAGGCUACCAGUGGGCAAGCUGCUCCUGAGGAGGAGAGCGACGACCCAGAACAGGCCAAGACCCAGGAGCUGUUCAAGAGGGUCCGUAGUAUCCUGAACAAGCUGACCCCUCAGAUGUUCCAACAGCUGAUGAAGCAGGUCACAGAGCUGACCAUCGAUACGGAGGAGAGGCUGAAGGGAGUGAUAGAUCUGAUCUUUGAGAAGGCCAUCUCUGAACCCAACUUCUCCGUGGCCUACGCCAACAUGUGCCGCUGCCUUAUGGGGCUCAAAGUCCCCACUACAGACAAGCCGGGAGUCACUGUGAAUUUCCGCAAGCUGCUUCUGAACCGCUGUCAGAAGGAGUUUGAGAAGGACAAGGACGAUGAUGUCAUCUUUGAGGAGAAGCAGAAAGAGCUGGACGCUGCAGCCACGGAGGAGAAGGAUCGACUGAAGGCGGAGCUGGAGGAGGCCAAAGACAAGGCACGGCGGAGGUCGCUAGGCAACAUCAAGUUCAUCGGUGAGCUGUUCAAGCUGAAGAUGCUGACGGAGGCCAUCAUGCACGACUGCAUCGUCAAGCUGCUGAAGAACCACGAUGAGGAGUCGCUAGAGUGCCUCUGUAGACUCUUGUCCACUAUAGGGAAGGACCUGGACUUUGAGAAGGCAAAGCCUCGUAUGGACCAGUACUUUGCCCAGAUGGACAAGAUCAUCAAGGAGAAGAAGACAUCGUCCAGAAUCCGCUUCAUGCUGCAGGACGUACUGGACCUCAGGAGGAACACGUGGGUCCCCAGGAGAGGAGAGCAGGGCCCCAAGACCAUAGACCAGAUCCACAAGGAGGCUGAGCUGGAGGAGCACAGGGAGGUUCUCAAGGUGCAGCAACAACUCCUCAACCAGAACACCCGAGGAGGAAGUGGAGGACGUGGUGGAGGAGGAGGAGGAGGAGGAGGAGGAGGAGGAAGAGAUCAGGGGAACCGCGGGGGCCAACACCCCCAGGCGGGCCAGAGGAGUCAGCCUCAGGAUGAGGGCUGGAACACAGUUCCCAUCUCCACCAAGAGCAGACCCAUCGACACCAGCCGACUCAGCAAGAUCACUAAGCCUGGGGCUUUGGACUUCAACAACCAGCUGCUGGCGCCCCAGCUCGGGGGCAAGGGCAUGUGGGGCAGCUGGGGUAAGGGUAGCAGUGGAGGCACCACCGGAGCCAAACCCGCUGGGGAAGCCACCCCAGAGUCAGGAGGCCGCCCAGCCACCAGCACCCUCAACAGGUUCUCAGCCCUGCAGCCACAGCAGCCCUCACAGGACUCGGACAGAAGACUUCCUCAGAGGAACAGCUCGAGCCGGGACCGUGGCAGCGACAGAUUUGAGCGUCAUGACCGUGGCAGCAACGACCGCUUCGACCGGCGGGACGACCGGGACAGGAACCGGCCCCCGGUCAGCAAGCGGAGCUUUAGCAGGGAGACAGAGGAGCACAGCAGAGAGAGGGAGCACCGUGGCCCUGCUGAUCCCGUACGCCGCGUAGCCAGCAUGACCGACGACAGGGACCGGGGCAGCAGAGACCGAGCUAGGAGCAAAGAGAAUGUGAAGAGGGAAGCUGCUCCAACCCCCCCUCCUCCCCAGACCAAACCUGCCUUGAGUGAAGAAGAGCUGGAGAAGAAGUCCACAGCUAUCAUAGAGGAGUACCUACACAUCAAUGACAUGAAGGAGGCGCUGCAGUGUGUAGUGGAGAUGAACAGCACCCCGCUGCUCUUUGUGUUUGUACGGAGCGGUCUGGAGUCCACUCUGGAGCGCAGCCCCAUCGCCAGAGAACGCAUGGGCCUGCUGCUGCACCAGCUGUACAAGGCAGGCACCCUGCCCACAGAGCAGUACUACAGAGGGCUUCAGGAGAUACUGGAGGUGGCAGAGGACAUGGCUAUAGACAUCCCACAUAUCUGGCUCUACCUGGCUGAGCUCAUCACCCCUAUGCUCCACGAAGGAGGCAUCCCCAUGGGACAGCUCUUCAAAGAGAUAUCCAAGCCCCUGGUUCCUCAGGGGACGGCUGGAGUUCUGCUGGUCCAGGUCCUUACCCUACUCUGCAAAGGAAUGAGCCAUAAAAAGGCAGGCGCCAUGUGGAGGGAGGCGGGGCUUAGCUGGAAAGACUUUCUGCCUGAGGACGAGGAUGUCAACAAGUUUGUGACAGAAAAGAAUGUGGAGUUCACCCUGGGAGGAGGAGGUGAUGAGACGGAGAAGAGCAGUAAGAAGGAGCUGAGCUCAGAGGAGCUGAACAAACAGCUGGACAGGCUCAUACAGGACAAGGCUGACAACCAGAGGAUCUACGAUUGGGUCGAGGCUAACCUGGACGAGACACAGAUAUCCUCCAACGUGUUUGUCAGAGCAGUCAUGACAUCCAUCUGCCAGUCGGCCAUCAUCUGUGAAAACCCUUCCAAGUUGGAUGCGAAGGUGAUCACCCAGAGGGCCAAGCUGCUCCACAAGUACCUGAAGGAUGAGCAGAAGGAGCUGCAGGCCCUCUACGCCCUGCAGGCCCUCAUGGUGGAGAUGGAGCAACCUGCCAACCUGCUGCGGAUGUUCUUUGACACGCUGUACGACGAGGACGUGAUCAAAGAGGAGGCCUUCUACAAGUGGGAGUCAAGCAAGGACCCAGCUGAGAUGCAGGGCAAGGGUGUGGCCCUGAAGUCCGUCACUGCCUUCUUCACCUGGCUCCGUGAGGCCGAGGACGAGGAGUCUGACAACAACAGCUAGGACCUGCUCACCAGCGCCCCCUGGACUGGAGGAGGAAAGAGAACAUGCUGUCUAAUGAUUUAGAAUCUGCAAAAUCCUUCUGCGAAAAUUUAAAAAAAAAAAAGACUGGGGAAAGAAUCAGCUGGGAGAUUCUACUACAGAUCCAAACAUGCAAUCGUUUUUCUUUUAUUUUUUUGUUUAUUUUGCGCUGCCAAUUGUUUUUGAACUAAAGUGAAAUAUAUUGAGAAACAAAUUGCAAGAGAAUGAUAAGCGUUACAACAAGCUGUAGGGGUGGCUGUUUCCUUUCCUUCAGUGUUUUGAGGUUUUAAAGGCGUCAUGUUGCCAUAGCAACACUAUUCAUGAUGUUUAGCAAAACAACAAAAGAAAAUCCCCAACAGACAACGAACUAAUAAAGGCUGCUCAUAUAUAUAUAUUUUUGAUUACAUCAUAUAUUGUGUUGAAUGAGACAUGAUGGCCAUGUCGAAUGUGUGAUUCUAUAUGACUGUCAGCGAUUAGCACUUUCUUUUCGAGUGUAGGAUGAUUGGAGUGUUUCUUUUUUUUAUAUAAAGAAAAGUGGUCAUGCUGGA